AACGAUUGGAAAUUUUUAGUCUCAUUGUAAGCACAGCCGAUGCUAGAAUAAAAUAUUUACAAUUUUGUUUAACUUCUGCCACUUCUGUCGCGCAGUUCAUCAAAUCAAAAUAGGUACUCAAUCAAAAACAAUGAAAUUUGCUUUAGUGUUACUCCUCGUGUUAUCAUCUCAAUUAGCAUUUACAAUUUCUGCCAGUAAAAUCGCUGCUAGCAAAAAUGAAAUUUUAACACUACAUUACGAAGGCAUGAAUAUUGAUUUUCAUUUGAAUAUAACAGUGUUCUAUCCGCAAGGAUUACGAGUGUCAAUACCACAUAGAGAUGGUUUAGAAUUGUUUUCAUUUCAUGGAAUUGUCACAUCGCGACCAUUAUUUACAAAUUCGCAAUCGGAUUCAGAUGAUAAUACUUUUGCCCAUGAUGUUACUAGCAGCAUAAAUGGUCAAUGGGUGUAUGAAAACCAAGAAAUUAAACUUGAAAAGAGUGAUGUUUUGAAUUACUGGGUAUUCCUUCAAUACAAAGGAACUGGACAGCGAUUCAGUGAUCUAUCCUAUGUUGUUAAAAAAACCGUCCCAAUGAAUAUAGGACAACAAUAUUCUCAUCAAAGUCCUGCUCACGAAAGUGCUUCUCAUCAAAGUGCUUCUCAUCAAAGACCUUCAUAUCAAAGCAAUUCUUUUCAAAGUCCUCCUCAUCAAAGUCCUCCACUAGCACAUUCUUACACACCACCUAAUCAGAUUGUUCCAUCAGCAAAGCAAUGUGAAUGCAAUGAUAAUCUCCUCAACGAUAUAUGGUCUCAGCUAAAUGUAACUGUAGCUAAAAUGAGAACUCUUGACGAAAGCGUUAAGCCAUUGGAAGAAAAACUAAACAGUCUCACAGAAAUAGUGGUAGAACUUGUUAAGAACAUGGACAUUGGUACAAAUUUGAAGCUUGUCGGAAAUUUGCCUGUGCAAACGAAUCCCGUUGAAGAUGUUCGUCAUUUAAUAGUUGAAAAACUCAAAUUAUUCGAUCUCCGAUCGACUAUUUUGCAAGCUGAAUACACAUCAAGUGGAAUUUCGUUUGAAGUUUCUUCAUCUAUUGAUAAGCUGCGGAUUUUGAAAAGAUCGAAUGAUAUUCUUUCAAAGUUAUCAUAUCAAAUUAUAGAUCCUAAUCAAAGACCGGCAAUUGAUUUUCGAAUGGCAUAGAAAUAAAAUAAAGUUUAGUUCAAAUUAAAA